AUGGCAAGGCAUGUGUUCAAUCGUAUCCGAGAGGGAGUGGUUGCUCAUGACCCAUACUUCGAGUGCAAGACGGAUACCCUUGGCAAGCUUGGAUUCUCCUCUUACCAGAAAUGCACCGCGGCCAUCCGCAUGCUUGCAUAUGGUAUUCCAGGCGAUCUGAUGGAUGAGUAUGUGCGUAUGAGUGAGACAACAUGUCUAAUGUCAAUGUACAAGUUUUGUCAGGCUGUGAUCGAGGUGUUUGGCCCAGAGUACUUGAGGCAGCUAACUACCGCUGAUACAGAGAGAUUGUUGGCGACCAACGCAGCUAGAGGCUUUCCAGGCAUGCUUGGCAGCAUAGAUUGUUCUCACAAUGAUAUCAACGUGCUGCAGCGUUCUCCAGUCUUUGCGAGGCUUGCAGAAGGCCACUCCCCACCUGUCAACUUUGAGAUCAACGGCCACCAAUACAACAAGGGAUACUAUCUAGCUGAUGGUAUAUAUCCUCAGUGGUCAACUUUUGUGAAGACAAUCUCGAAACCCCAAGGUGAGAAGAGAAAGAGAUUUGCCCAAAUGCAAGAGAGUGUUAGAAAGGAUGUGGAACGUGCUUUUGGUGUGCUUCAAUCCCGGUGGGGUAUCGUUCGAAACCCUGCACUGUCAUGUGAUGAAAGGAAGCUUUGGAAGGUGAUGAGUGCUUGUGCGAUCAUGCACAACAUGAUCGUCGAGGACGAGCGUGAUGAGAGUAUCUUCGACCAAGGAUUUGAUUAUCAAGGUGAAAAUAUUGAGCCCCUGCACCAAGACCCGGCCACAUUUGAACAGUUUGUCCAAUUCCACCGUGAGAUGCGUGAUUGGCACACUCAUUUGAAUCUUCAAAAUGACUUGGUUGAGCACGUGUGGGAUCACAUUGGCAACCAAUAG